AUGGGCAGACCAGAAUACGGGAUGGGAAUGUACGGUCACGGAAGUUAUUCAAGAAACGGUAUGGGGAUAGCUGGAGGUGGGAUUGGUAUGGGAUAUGGUCAAAUGGCGUAUGGACGUGGGGAUAGUUGGGGUUUCGGAAUGGGAGGUGGUAUGGGAAUGAGGGGAGGAAUGGGUAUUGGCGGUCGAGGAUGGAAUGCUGGAAUUGGAGGAAUGGGAGGUGGAUUUGGAAUGGGAGGUGGGUUAGGAAUGGGAGGUGGGUUUGGAAUGGGAGGUGGGUUUGGAAUGGGGGGUCACGGCUGGGGAAUGGGUGGUAUGGGAGGCUGGGAGGUGCGCGGGGUGGCGCCUGUCUAG